UUUACAACUGAAGCUGUGGCUGGCUGUGGAAUCAAAGUCACAUAAAAAGUGAUUACAUAAGUCAUUUAGUUCUUUUUGAAUAAGAAAUUUAAAAAAUAAAAUGGUUUUCCAGAAGUUUCUUAAAAAAGUAUUUUCUGUUAAAGCUCAAGAUGAAGAAGACGGCGAAUUGGUUGAUCCCCAGCAAACUUUAAGGGCUCAGUGUCUAGAAACCAACCAUUGUAAACAUUUAGCUGAGAAAUACCAAGCAUGCAAUGACAGAGUUAACUCUAGAAGCCACACAACAGAGAUUUGCAACGAAGAAUUAUUCGACCUGUUACAUGCCGUAGACCACUGUGUUACAAAAGAUCUUUUUAGUAAACUGAAGUAGACUUAUAAUGUUUAAGUUAGUAGCUACUAUAUUAUAGGUAUUUAUGCAUCUUUUUCUCCAACUGUACCUAAUCUGUUGAAUAAAACUCUUAAUUCAGUAA